AUGAAGAGACAAACGCCCGAGGAGCUGGAAGCACAGAAAGCAUCAUUACUUGGGUCUGUUUAUGGCAAGGACUGGAAGGCCAUCAGCGAGGCGAAGUCCAAGGAAUAUAUGGCUAGGAAUACUACUCCGCAGAUCGGUAUCCCUCGACUGGAAGAGAAGGAGCAUUCUAUGCAGUCUGAUGCCAGAAAUGGGGAGGAUAUACUCGAUGCUUCUCCUAUCGGCGUCCAUCAGCCCGAAGGGAAUGGGCACACUACGCAGCCUGAUGCAGAGACGGCGGAGGACAUACUCGGCCCUGAAAUUGAAGGGAAUGAGAAUACUAUCUAG